AUGUGCACUUUUCCAUUAUGCCCUCUUCCACAGUUAGGGUUUGAAAUCAACUGCGGCACUGACAACAAAUGCGUUGAUAACCUGAAAGUGGAUUUCAACUUCACCAGAUCCUCAGAGGUUAAAGUGGGCAUUGAUGAGCUUUUGGAUGUCACAGUCACAGUGGAGAACAGAGGAGAAAACUCCUACAACAGCCGUGUUAUUCUCACGUACCCAGCUGGACUCUCCUACAGGAAGUUCACCAUUCAGCAGGGAAGAAUUGAAUGCAACUCUGUGGACAGUGAAGAUGGCUUAUCACGAGGAAGGACAGACUGCACUAUUGACAAGCCAAUUUUCAAGAACAGAACUGAGGUUUCCUUCAUUGUCUCCUAUGGGAUUGAAACAGACAGUAAACUUGAGAGGAAGCUCUUUGUCACUGCAAAUGCCACCAGUGGAAAUCAGGAGCAUUCCCCUACAAGUGAACUCUACAAAAAGAAAUGGAUUGAUGUAAAAUACAGCAUUUUUAUGACAUUUGAAAGCUACCAGAGUUUCACGUUGGGGAUAAUUCAUUUGCAAAAACCCAUCCAACAAGACCGUUCAAACAAAAAAUGUAAAUUUCAGAUUCCAGACUGUCAGAGAGGAAAUGAUGAAGAAUCAGAUGUCAGAGAUAUUGUUCCAAUUAUACUAAAGAAUAAAGUAGUGGAUUGCUCUGUAGCCAGGUGCAGAGUGUUCAAAUGCAACACUUUCAUAGAAAGACUGCAGAGUAGGACGUAUGAAAUCUCUGCCAACCUCAGUUUAGGAUGGAUAGAGCAGACUGGACUUGAGUCUACCAAGUUCCUCUUAACCAGUACAGCCAGUCUGGAGUAUGACGAUAACCAGUACUUCUACUUUUCAACAGGGUCCAACUACAAUCCUCCUGUUUACAAGAUUGAGACAGUGGUGGAGUUGUAUCCUAAGCCAGAUUUCAUCAAGCCAGAUUUCAUCAAGCCAGAUUUCAUCAAACCAAUUGUCAUAGGAUCCCUGGGAGGGUUGGCUUUUUUGAUUGUACUCACGGCUGGGCUGUAUAAGGCUGGAUUUUUCAAUAGUAAUUAUAAAUGGACCCUCAAUCAAGAAGAAGAUGGCCCAGGUCCAGGAACUGAUGAAGGUGCACCUACAGCAAACACAUAUUUGUAGAUGUAUAUGCAUCCUCCUGUUUUAGAAAUGAACCUGCUAGAUUCAUAUUAGAACAGACUGAAUAAACAAAAAAACAACCUAA